AUGGCGGAGCGCGACGAGUCCUACCGCGGCCGCGGAAGCGCCCCGGAGUCCCCCGUCGGCGCGCGCGAGUCCCCGCGCGCGAGGGACGCGAACGUCGGAUCGGACAACGAGGGCGAAUUCGACGACGACGAAGACAGGACGUUCGACUCCGCGGACUUCGACGAGCGCGACGGCGGGUUUCGAGACUCGGACACGGACACGGACUCCGAGGCGGCCGGCGGCGGCGCCGGCGUCCUCGGGUGCGUGUCCUACCUCUGGAUGCUCGUCGCGAUGGGGAUAUUCGCGUACCUCAUCGUGACGGUGCAGUCGCAGGCGGACGUGAUCAAGACCAUGCAGCGGAAAGUGGCGACGAUGGAGCAGCGUUUGGGGCUGUCGCCGAUGAUGACCGCGUCGGAGCUGUGA